AUGAGCGCUUUCCAUCAUAAAAAAAAGGGCGAUCGAUCAAAUAUAAGAAAGCGCGUAUUCGAACCGGAUCCUUUGAAUGAAACUGAUCAUGAGGGUGAGGACAAUACCUCAAGUGUUCGUAGUAUUUUGGAAGAUGCCAAAAGAAGAAAAACAAAAUUAAUUUCUUCCGGAGUGAAUGCUUCAAAUUUAAUAGAUGGGAAUAAAAAAGAAAUAAAAAGUUCCUUGAAUGAUUCAAGAUUUGAAGUACCUGCUAAUGAGGAUACGAUCCAGGAUUCCGCUUCAAUAAAUGCUACGCUGCCUACGGUUGAGGAUCGCUUUGCGAAACCGACGAAUGAAAUAGAUGUUAAUCAACAUUUAUUGUCCUAUAUUGAAUCCAAGAUUAAUCAUGACAAGCAAGGUUUACAUCCCUAUGAAAAAAAUGAGAACAGUGUAGAUGUUAUACCCAGAAAGGAAACUGAUCACGAAAACGCUUCAACGGUUGUUGCCGACUUACCCAAUAACGCGCAAAAGAAUUCAAUGGCUUCGGGUGCUAUUCAAGAAGUCGAUGUUGGAAUCACGAGCACGAAUUUGGAUUCUUCAAAAGGUUCAGCAUCUAAACGGAAACGUAAAGGAUUAAAUAAAACAAACCCUACACCUACUAGAUCUUCAGAGGACUUAGCUAGAGAUCGUAUAAUAGAGGAUAUGUUGAAAUCAUCAGCGGGUUCUACAAAUUUGGAAAACGAAUUAUAUAAACGCUUUAGGUCAAAUGAUACGCGCUAG